UGACGCUCUCGGCCAGUGGCCGGGCGACCGCUGAGAGCUGGCUGGGAGUUGCUCUUGCAGGCGUGGGCGCCUGUGUUGCCGGGCCGACUUUCCUUCCCGACUGCGCAGAGGCUCCGCUCCUUCGCGGCCCAGGCCCGAGUCUGCGGUGUGUGUUCGAGCUGGGCGGCGUGACCAGAGCUGCGGGCCAGGCCACGCAGGCCUUCGCCGGCGGUCGCCCGUGGCCCCGCUACGCAUCUGAGGCCGACCAUGGCCCAGCAGAGAGCCCUGCCCCAGAGCAAGGAGACGCUGCUGCAGUCUUACAACAAGCGGCUCAAGGAUGAUGUCAAGUCCAUCAUGGACAACUUCACCGAGAUCAUCAAGACCGCCAAGAUUGAGGAUGAGACGCAGGUGUCUCGGGCUACUCAGGGUGAACAGGACAAUUACGAGAUGCACGUGCGGGCUGCCAACAUCGUACGGGCUGGAGAGUCCCUGAUGAAGCUGGUGUCUGAUCUCAAGCAAUUCCUGAUCCUCAACGACUUCCCAUCGGUGAAUGAGGCCAUUGACCAGCGAAACCAGCAGCUGCGCGCUCUGCAGGAAGAGUGUGACCGCAAGCUCAUCACCCUGAGGGACGAGGUCUCCAUCGACCUAUACGAGCUGGAGGAGGAGUAUUAUUCGUCCAGCUCAAGUCUUUGCGAAGCUAAUGACCUGCCUCUGUGCGAAGCUUACUGGAGGCUGGACCUCGACACAGACUCCGCUGAUGGUCUCUCAGCCCCUCUGCUGGCGUCCCCGGAGCCCGGUGUUGGCCCUCUGCAGGCUGCAGCCCCUGCCCACUCACACACUGGUGGCUCUGGCCCCACGGAGCAUGCCUGAGCUUCUCAGGGCCACUCUACCAGGACCCGUAGUUCAUCAGGAACAAAUCCAGGGUUCUGCCCUGGAUGUCCACCACAGCCCUGUUUCUCUCAGCCUCCACUUCCAGUUGAGUACUCUAGGACCCCCUGUGGCCUCCUUUAACUGGCCAGGCCAGGGUCAGCCCCAGGACAGUUGGGGAAAGUUGUUCAGGGUGGCCCACCAUGUCUAGCUGCUACCUUCCUGACUGACCAGGUCAGAGAAAGUUGGUCUUGUUGAGGACCUGGACUGUGGGGCAGUGGUGAUGCAGGAUACCAGGAAGACAACCUGUGAAUGUAUUUAAAAUUGGGAGGGGAGCUAGGUAUGGUAUGCACAUCUGUAACGCCAGCAACUCAGGAGCCUUGAAGCAGCAGGAUUGCGAGUUCAAGGCCA